AUGAACAUAAUAAUACAGGUGUCACGGUCCAACGAGCACCAGGUGACGUUGACCAACGUGGGGCGGGAUCUGACAGGGUACUACAAGUGCGAGGUGUCUGCCGACGCGCCCCUCUUCCACACCGUCAUCAAGACCGCCCUGAUGAUCGUCGCAGAUCUUCCCACGGAUGAUCCAGUUGUGGACGUGGAGAAGCUUAAAUACUCACUGGGGGAGAAGAUACGAGCUAACUGUACUGUGGAACCCUCAUACCCUGCUGCGAAUCUCUCGUGGUACAUCAACGGAAAACUGCUGAUGCCUGGAGCGAGCGCGUCGCGCAUCGAGACGACGUCGGUGGCGGACGCGACGGGCCUGGAGACGGCGCGCUCUACCCUGGAGCUGGAGGCGGCGGCGUCGCUCUUCGUGGAGGGGCGGCUGCGGCUGCGCUGCCUGGCCACCGUCUUCACGCUCUUCCGCAAGUCGCAGGAGCUCGUCCUCGCCGAGGACACCCCACAGCUGGCGCCCGUCAUGGGACCCACCGCGCCACACAGUCUCGACGAUGCGGCGAGCAGAGCUGCUUCCAGCUCAUCAGAAACCACCCUCAGCGUCCUUGGCUGCGUCUUCGUUGCCGCGGUGGCCACCAGGUAGCGCGCGCGGCACUGAGCAUUUCCGGUACUGCGAUUGGUCGGCCAUGGCUGCGCGAGGGAAACCUCCGAGUGUGUAGCUCCAGAGGUGACAACUGGACUCAACUGCAGCUGACUGAGUCAGCUAAACUAUAGUGACUAAACAAAAAAAAAAACAAAUCUGUAUAGAUAAAAUAUGUUCUAACCGUAAACAGCUGGUAAGCAGUUUGUAUAGCAUUUUGAUGCGAAGAAAAAAAUUUGGAAAUAAACCUAGAAGAAAACGAUAGCGAAGACAACAAUUCGUUUUGUAAAAUUUGUGGACGAGCGAUGCAAACACAAAAAUACUUUGGCUAGAGUUAUACAGGAAAUAACAAAAUAUCCAGUAAUUUUUUUUAGAUGCGGGCUUCCAAUAGUGUGGCAAUUUAGAUUUUACAGACAAUGACCCUGCGAAGUUUACUGCCAGUUGCAAAAUUGUGUUUAUAAAAGCGAUGUUUUGAGAUUGGGUAAGAGUUUCACUUCAUUUCACUUCACGGAAGUAAUCUGCAGAGGAAGAAAAGGUCUCGGAAAAUGCUCAAUAACAGUCUUGUCGGAUAAAUAAUAGCGUUUAAUGGAUUGUCCGCUAAGAUACUUACAUGUAUAUAAUUACAAUGUAUAUUAGAGUAUAUAUAUUCGUCUUGUAUAUUUGACAUACUAGUUACUAAGAUGUAUUAGACAACUGUGUUGGGUAGUAGUUCAUUGUCAUACUUAUUUUAAAAGUAUAUGUUACUCCUCCUAAGGUAAUACAAUAAAGGCUACUCCCGUCCGGGUUUAAUCCUCGUUUUUGGUGCACAUGAUACCUACUUGUUAAUAUUGUGGGUUUCAGAAAACAAAAGACAAACGGUGAACAUGUUCCAAUGCAACUUGUGUUGGUCUUGAAUAUUUCUUUUGUA